GUAGAUAUAAGACUGCGAUAACCUUGUCAGACUUUAGAGCUCUGGUAACUCUCCGGCUGGCGACAUGAAGCUGUUCACGGGGGCUAUUUUACUAAUUUGUCUGGCUUUUGGACAAGCCUGGGUGGACAAGUGGGAGCGUCUGAACGUGACCUUGACCCAGUUAGCGGAGGAGAUGAAACACAACGCUACGCUGAGACAGAUGUGGCUGGACCAUCUCAAACAUUUCGAGGAGAAAGAGACCAGAGCGUUCCCACAUCCGUUCCGCUGCCACCUAGACCUCUUACCGCACGAGACUCCAGAUUCUGUCCAUGAAUUGCGUAUGGAAGACUUCAAAGUCAUCGGAGCUAUGGGCGAUUCUUUAACUGCUGCUAAUGGGGCUAAGGCUCUUACAGUGAUCGGCGUGCUCACCGAAUAUCGCGGCGUGGCUUGGUCAAUUGGCGGUGAUGGCAGCCUUGACAGUGGAUCUGUGACCCUAGCAAAUCUCCUGAGGAAAUACAACCCGAACAUCAGAGGGUACUCCGUGGGAAGCGGCUCAGUCACUAGCUCCGGCUCCCACUUGAACGUGGCCCACCCCGGGGAUACAGCACACGACAUGCCCGCACAGGCUGACUUACUGAUACAAAGGAUUAAGGCGGAUCAUCACAUCAACUUCCAACAGGACUGGAAACUCGUCACCAUGUUCAUCGGCGGCAACGAUCUCUGCGACGUCUGCCACACACCUGACAAACACAGCCCUGCUAAUUACAUAAACAACAUCAAGAUCGCCCUGGACAAACUCCAUGCCGGUCUGCCCAGGACGUUUGUCAACUUGGCCAUGAUCUUUGACAUCACGCCAGUGGCUUCCCUUGGGCACAACAACUUCUUCUGUAAUGUCGUGCACGGCAUGGUGUGCGAUUGUGGCCAAGACAAGCAGCACCACGCUAUCGUGCAGGCGAACCUGGUAGAGUACCAGAGACUCACCCAGGAGCUCAUCGACUCCGGGAGGUACGACAACGGCCGUAACGACUUUACCGUGGUUCUCCAGCCCUUCUACAGAGACACCGUACCCCCUCACAAGGAUAACGGUGGUCACGACCUGAGUUACUUCGCCCCGGACUGUUUUCACUUUAGUACUAAAGGUCACCAAGUAGCGGCAGUCAGUAUCUUCAACAACAUGGUGGAACCCGUGGGACACAAGAACACCAAAUGGCACCUCAACGAGCCAUACCUGUGUCCAGGACAGCAUCAACAUCAUGUGAACGACUUCAUUCCUACGUACAAGAACCACAAGGCCCAUGUUGUCGGCAAAUAAAGAGAUCUACUUUGUCAAAAUAAACUAAGUGUGACCGGAGGUGUUGUUCAAGAGUCCA